UCACUUUUCCCAGGGCGGAUGCGCCUGCGCUCAGCUGCCUGGGCGGGCUGGGAGGCGCGGGUUGAAAAGUCUCGUUCCAAGUUUGGAGAGAGAGAGAAGAGCGCCUCAGACCUCGGUACCCGCAAGCGGGGAGGAGGCAGCAGAGAAGGACGCAGCGUCUGGGGAGCUCCCAGGCUGUAAGACGGAGCUCAGGCUUCGAGAGCUAGAAGUGUGUGACGCGCCUGGGAAAGGCAGGAGCGCUUGUGGUUGGGCUGCUCUUGGCUAGCAGGGGGAGUCCGAGGCGGCGGCGAGGGGGCGAACGACCCGACGCAAGAUGGCGAGUAAAGAGAUGUUUGAAGAUACUGUGGAGGAGCGUGUCAUCAAUGAAGAAUAUAAAAUCUGGAAGAAGAAUACACCGUUUCUGUAUGACCUGGUUAUGACCCAUGCUCUUCAGUGGCCGAGUCUUACCGUUCAGUGGCUUCCUGAAGUGACUAAACCGGAAGGAAAGGAUUAUGCCCUUCAUUGGCUAGUGCUGGGGACUCACACAUCUGAUGAGCAGAAUCAUCUCGUGGUUGCUCGAGUCCAUAUUCCGAAUGAUGAUGCGCAGUUUGAUGCUUCCCACUGUGACAGUGAAAAGGGUGAAUUUGGUGGCUUUGGUUCUGUAACAGGAAAAAUUGAAUGUGAAAUUAAAAUUAACCAUGAAGGAGAAGUAAACCGUGCUCGUUACAUGCCGCAGAAUCCUCACAUCAUUGCUACAAAAACACCAUCUUCUGAUGUGCUGGUUUUUGACUAUACGAAGCACCCUGCUAAACCAGACCCAAGUGGAGAGUGUAAUCCUGACCUUAGGCUUAGAGGCCACCAAAAGGAAGGCUAUGGUCUUUCUUGGAAUUCCAAUUUGAGUGGACAUCUCCUAAGUGCAUCUGAUGACCAUACUGUCUGUCUGUGGGAUAUUAAUGCAGGACCAAAGGAAGGCAAAAUUGUGGAUGCUAAAGCAAUUUUUACUGGCCACUCGGCUGUUGUAGAGGAUGUGGCCUGGCACCUGCUGCAUGAGUCCUUGUUUGGAUCUGUUGCUGAUGAUCAGAAACUUAUGAUAUGGGACACCAGGUCCAAUACCACCUCCAAGCCGAGCCACCUGGUUGAUGCGCACACUGCCGAGGUCAAUUGCCUGUCCUUCAAUCCCUACAGCGAGUUCAUUCUCGCAACUGGCUCUGCGGAUAAGACUGUAGCUUUAUGGGAUCUGCGUAAUUUAAAAUUGAAACUCCAUACCUUUGAAUCUCAUAAAGAUGAAAUUUUCCAGGUCCACUGGUCUCCACAUAACGAAACCAUUCUGGCUUCAAGUGGUACUGAUCGCCGCCUUAAUGUGUGGGAUUUAAGCAAAAUUGGAGAAGAACAAUCAGCAGAAGAUGCAGAAGAUGGGCCUCCAGAACUGCUGUUUAUUCAUGGAGGACACACUGCCAAGAUAUCAGAUUUUAGCUGGAACCCGAAUGAGCCUUGGGUCAUUUGCUCAGUGUCUGAGGAUAACAUCAUGCAGAUCUGGCAAAUGGCUGAAAAUAUUUACAAUGAUGAAGAGUCAGAUGUCACAACAUCCGAACUGGAGGGGCAAGGAUCUUAAACCCAAAGUACGAGAAAUGUUUCUGUUGAAUGUAAUGCUACACGAAUGCUUGAUUUAUCAAGCGCAAAAACAGCAUUGUAUAGUAGGGAGUUGAAGUGGGGUGGCAUAUGGCGUUCUUUACCUUCUGAUCCUAGCACUUUCAAGUGAGCUAUUGCGUACUGUAUCAUAUUGUAGCUUUUAGGGAUGUUGCUUAAGAAAGAUCAGCGUUGUUUUAAAAUACAAGUAAGCAGGGUACUGCCUUUGAUUCAACUAUAAGUCCUUGUUUUCUCUAAGUGCUUGCUAUUCCCAAAUAUGCAAGAAUAACUUUUACACUUUUUCCCUCCAACACUUCUUGAUUGGCUUUGCAGAAAUAAAGUUUUAAAAUAAA